CGAUGUAUACGGCCAGCGGGAGAAGCAGAAUGUUCAACCGAAUCAUGCGAACGCUGUAAACGAGGCAAUAAAACAUGCACAAUUCCAGAAAGGAAACCACAAGGCCGUAGUCCCGGGGCAGUUGGUCGAUAUCGAGGCUUUGAGAAGGUCUAUCGCAAAAUGAAAUCGGAGCUACGGAAGGCGAAAGUAUCGGCUGAUGGCGCUCAUCGGAUACAGGAGAUUACCAAGCAGGCUGAGGCUGAAGGAGAAACGGAAAUCCUGAAUAUGAUAUUAGGAGACAUCGUAGACCUUUCAGAGCUACGUUUUGCCGACCAUCAUACAAAUACCAUGGGGACUCGUGACAACCACGAAGCACAAACUGAGUCGGUCGGAGGGGAUGCACCAACAGUAGGGCCGCAGUUGGAAUCAUUCCCUUCUCAACCAAUCCAUAUACUCCGGCCACAGCCACAGCAAGACCAAGACAUAGAUAGAGAACCAAUCAACAAUCCUCUCGCACUAUUGGCCGAUGCAUCGGGAGCAGCGCAGAAACUUUGUCGGAAAGGCAUGACAUCGACUCUUUCUCCCGCUUCACAUGCCGACUCAUCGACAUCUAAUGGAACAAUUUCGUCGUCUGGAUCCGCCUUAGCGCGUUAUAUCUCACUGGUUCUACGACUCAAUCGUGCAAGCUUGGAGCAGGGACUGGAAGCUCUCUUCACGGAUCCAAGUGAGUCUGAUUAUCGACGCCUGGAUUACUUCAAACCACCGAACACUGAGACUCCACGGGACGUCGGUUCGGAUAUCGGCCCGGUAGACUUGGGAUUGGUAACAAUGGACGAAGCGUGCUAUUUAUUUCCCAUGUGA